ACACACACAGUAACAGUUCCUUUAAAUUUCAGACCUGAGCUGAUCAGCUUCACUUUUAGAUGACACCAGCUGAACAUCAUGUUUUGCUGUUGCAUAUUUUUGGCUGUUUCUUUGUUGCAUUCUCUGUGUCACUUCCAUGUGUCAGGCUACGAUCGUAGCUGCACAGAGUAUCCUGUGUUCACUCCAUCUGCACUGGUAGUGAAGUACGGUGACCCAGCCAAUGUUACAUGUGUUGUAUGUCAGAAGGACUGCAGGGGAGAUUCUUCUGGUUUGGAGCACGCUGUGGGAAAAUUUACAAAAAAUGGAACCACGAUGUUCUGGACGGUUGACAGACUGACUGAAUGGGACACAUAUCUCAUGUGUUAUUAUAACAAUGAUGCUGGUGAUCAGUGUGGUAGCACUGUGGAUAUAACCAUCUAUCAGCCUCCAGAAAGUGUCUCCUUCAGCUUUGUAAACCACACUGGGAUGAUGUUUGAGAAUCAGCUGUACACCCUGCAGUGUAGCGUACAGAACGUAGCUCCUGUUCAAAACCUCACUGUGACCUUCUACAGAGGAAACACAGCACUGGGUCACCUACAGUCCAACAGUGAAGAGAAGAAACCAGUGAAUGAGACCUUUACUCUGAACAUUGCCUCCAGUAGAGAAGAUGAUGGAGCCCAGUACUGGUGUGAAGCCAAGCUGGAGCUGGGACCAGCUGGACCACAGCGCCCUCCAGUGGUGACAUCAGAAAAACUCCCUGCUAUAGUUCACUAUGGACCUGAGCUAAUAGGGCCACCAAAUCCAGAUGUGAUCACAAUCACAGAAGGAGACACUCUACACCUGAACUGCUCCUCUGUGGGAAAACCUAGGCCCUCAUACACCUGGACACUUCCAACAAAUAGUCCUUCCUACAGUGGCAGCGUUCUCACUAUUAAAUCUGUCGGCUUUGAGCACGAAGGACAGUAUAUCUGCACUGUGAGCAACACAGUAGGGACUGUCACCAAGGAGUUUAACAUUGAUGUACAAGCUUCCCCCUUGAUACGGAUAAUAGUUGGGGUAUCUGCAGCUGUUCUGUUUGUCUUCAUACUUUGUGUCCUAUGUUUUCGUUCCUAUAAACAAAACCGAAAGUGAAGCUACAACCUAAAGGAUGUUUUAAGGUUCCCUAAGCGCACUGCCUUGCCUCUGCAAAACUGCGAGAAUGUCUGAACUGUGGACAAAAAGUCUGGAGCUGUUUCUUUGACAUUAGGUGCUGCCUAAUUCUUCAAGUGAACUUGCCAAGUUUGACAUCAUCCCGGUUUGAUUGAGGUAGUAGUUACCUUCCUCUACUGAUGACAUCUGAUGACACCAAACAACAAAAAUGACAGCAUGAAAUGAAGACUUUAAGUGACAUGACCAGUGACCUAAAUACUGAGUGGAAAAAAAGCUCCUUCCUCUUUUUUGAAGCUUCUGCUUUCAGGGUACUGUAACACAGUCAGCAGCAGUUUUGCACUCAUUUCCUGUAAACAUGCUGCCUUAAAUCACAGGUCUUGGGUUGUAGCUUUUAAUGAGUGAUCUCUAUAUUUCAUUGUACUGAGUGUGGAAUUAAAAGGCCCUGUGUCGAUACAGACUGAAAACACAGGAUGUCACCAGCUUUUUCCACCAGUGACCCUACUCUGUAACUUUAUGUGGUCUACCACUUUAUGGCCUAUUUGCUAGGGUUCCUAAAAUCACUUCCACUUUGGUAGAGCUGAUGGUGGAAUUGGAAGGAAGACAAACUGAUGUGCUGAAUCGGUGGCAAAGAUUAAGAGGUGUGGCCCAAUACUUUUGACCGAAGGGUGCAGGUUAUACCCACCCCCCCAUAAUGAUAAUAAUAAUAAUAAUAAUAAUAAUAAUAAUAAUAAUAAUAAUAAUAAUAAUAAUAAUAAUAAUAAUAAUAAUAAUUUAACAGAAGUCAGUGGGCUACAUACUGAACUUAGAGGAUAUAAAUAAAAUAUUGAUCCUAUCAAAUGCCUCACCUCUACUUGACAGAAAACCGGAAAGCAGCCAACAUCCAAAGAAGAGCUUCAAGAAGACUGUUCCUAAAAUCUACUUAUAGGAAUGACAAGAAAGCUUGCCUGGAGCUCAGGCUGUGUUGAGGAACAAAUGUGGUGACACUAAAUAUGCUGGCAUUAGGUAUUUUCUGUUCUGCAGUUUGCCCUCUAGUGGUUGUUUUGUGUAUUUUUACUCUGCAAGAUCUAGCCAGAGGCAGUUUCACCUCUGUUAAUCUGUUGCCAUACAUGCCUUCACAAGUUGAUAAAGGCAUCACCUGUAAGUAAUAUUGUUUGUUAUCAUUGAGUCGACUUGUGUUCAUUAUUAUUUGUUGUGAAAGUGCAUAGUUUGUAGUUUGAAUUUAACUUGAAUGGGUGUAUCACCUAAGCUAGUAGGUCAAGUUAGCUUGUAUGCCAUCUGGUUUCUUUAACAUUUUGAUCAUGAGUGUGAUUUCAUUUGAUGUUUUAUUCAGGGACUCAGCAGAUAAAUAUUGUGCUCAUAUUUUUGAAUAUAUGACUUACUGGUGUGUUUGUUAUAUUGUAUAUUGAAGCAGUAUUUUUAUUGGUUUAUUUCUGGUGUUGGUAAAUGGACUGGUUCUUAUGUAGCGCUUUUCCACUCUCACUGAGAAGCACUUUUAUUGGGUGCAUUCACUAGUGAUGUGCGAUACCACUGAUUUCCUUUCCGAUCCGAUACCAAGUAAAAUUCAGGGUGGUAUCAACGACACUGAUCCGAUACCGAUACUCUGUACAAAAACAUAAUGUUUCAUUGUAUUUCAUAAUACAAUAUAUAACUGUAUUAUGUAAUUGUAAUAAUAAUAUGAUAAUAUAGCUUCAUAAUGAUUACAGGACAUCAGACUAUUUGUUCUUAUUGCUUAAUAAUACAGAAUUAUCAUAUAGAAAUAAAACCUGAAGCUGAAGCGCUGUUUGAACACGUUGCCUGCCUGCAGCACUAAAGGACUCCAUGAGAGACGUCUGUCUCGCCAUAGCAGCACUUGUCCCUCUCCUCCUCUUCAGUUCGCCUCAACAUAACUCAUCAUAUUCUGUGAUAUGAUUUACUCUGAGGUGUUUGACGAGGUUAGUGGUGUUGCCACAACACCUCACUGUCUUGCCACAUGUAUUGCAAACCGCGUCUUGGCUGUUUGUGGAGGUAAAAUAUGUCCACACAUGACUCUGAUUACGCUCAGCCACUGUUGUGAGUGUGCAUCCAGGGGCUGCGACACAUUUAUACAGCCAUAUUUCGCAUAUGACUAUGAAAUGCGUAAGAGGAAGUAGCUCCUUCCAAUAUAGACGAUCCGAAUGAUAUCGUUUCUUUCCACUGUGUUCCUGUUAAUGAUAAACUACAAAUUUACCCUAAAGUACUAAAAUAGUGAUAUUUUAAUAUGAGAAUCGAUUCUAUAACAUAAAUUACUGGUAUCGGAAGAAUCGAUAUUUCAAUAUCGAUCCGCACAUCACUAGCAUUCACCCAAUCAUACCCAUUCACACAAGCACUUUAUCUAAGGUUUUUAGUGCUUCUAACAUUCACAGAUGGAUGCAUUGGUAGGAUAUUAUCUUGCCCAGGAUAUUUGGCAUGUAGACUGGAGGAGUAGGAUUGGGAUCAAACCACCAACCUUCUGGUGAGUAGGUGACCUGCUCUACCACCUGAGCUACAGGUUUUGUCAACAGUUUCACACUUUUUCCUUAUUAAAUCUUCCAACUCAACACA